AUGUAUCGUGGUAUUUCUUUAAUUUUUCUUUAUCAUUCACUUACAGAAGAUUCUCAUACUACUUUGGUAUCUUCUAUAAUCGAUACCAUUAUUCCUCCGCAAGUUUUGAAUAAUUUGGAUCGUAUCACUGUAGGAACUAGGAAUAGUUACCUGAAUGAUAUCCAUAUUGUAAAACCAGUGGUGCCAAGGAUUUUCUUUAACUCAUCUCUUUACUCCUUUUACCUAUCUUAUUUCUAUCUUGUUCGGGUGUUUCCUUUAUUGCUUGAAAGAAAUUCUCGAAUGUUCAUUGAUGCUUCAUAG